AAUUCAUCUUGAAAAUUCAAAAAAAAAAAAAAUCCGAAAAUUCAAAAAAAAAAAAAAAAAGAAAUUCUGGUCUUGAGCUGAAGAGAAAUGCUAUGAUGCUUUGAGCUUUUAUUCAAUCCAAAACGCAACAUCUUUGAUUGUAUUGGUGACAGUCUCGUUGUAAGCAUUUCUUUGUAAGACAAUUCUCAUUUUUCAGGAGGUGACGAUGGUCAUGCACCAAACUUGGAAAUACAAGCCAUGACACAAGAGAUAAGGAGUUUGUUUCGAAAGCAUCUCGACCCAAUCUCAAGAAAAUUGGACCAAAUUAUAGAACGACGUUCUUGUUCACAAACGCGUCCAACGAAGAUCAAUACACAACUAAAAAGGAGAGACGACACUCAAUCCUUUUCUAGUUCUACACCUAAUUGCAGUAGAAGAUCUUACAAAGAGGAUCCCAAUUUUCGAAACAAUGCCAAAAGCUCAACGCUAAGAGAGCCAAGGAAUUUUUCAUGUUUCAAUCCAGAAAAUCUAGCUCGUCUUCAAGAGUGUGUUGACAAUCUCGUCAAAGAAACACAAUUGCAAAGACAACUAGAAAAAGGAAGUGUUUGCAAAAAAGAAGAAGAAAUGAGAGUUGAAAAAGAAAUUGAGAGCAUUGAGAGUGAAAAUGAGCACAUUGAAAAACAAGAGUGUGGCAUUGACGAGAUAGUUAAAGAAAAGCAUGAAAGUGAGGGAAAAGAAAGUGAAGAGUUGGAAAAUUUGUUUUCUACUAACCAAUCUUUUCUUCCUACUUAUCCUCUUGAUUUGCAGGUUAUUCCAAAGUCCAUACCAUGGCAAAUUUAUGGAUCACAUUUACCCAUUGAAGUUCCAAAGGUUGUAGCUUUUGGUAAUUCCCAAAACAUGCCUCUUGAUGUUUCAAAGGCUAUACCACUUGAAGUUUCAAAAGGAACAUCACGUGAAGAGCCAAAAGUUGUGAUCAUUGAGGCUCCAAGUACAUUACAACAUUUGAAGAAAAUUCAACAACCAAUGGAGUUUUUCAUCAUCAAGCAACCAACACCCAUCAAACAACCACCUUGGUUUGCUAUUAAUAUUCAUCUUGUUAAUAGUUUUUCAUUUACUAACUUUAAUUUAUUUUACAGCAAUUUGAUUCACUUAAGCAGUGUUAUCCAACCAAUUUAUGAUGACAAUAAUAUUUGUCAUUUUGACUUUGAUUGGUACAUCAAAUCCAUCCACCACGACGGUGUUGAACAAACAUUGUGUCCCCUCAAUGAAAUACGCAAAGAUACCAUAUUUGAAGUCAAGAGGUUGGACAAUUCAUGUGGAUCAUCUAUUGGGGAAAAGCAUGAGGAAUUAAUCCUUCCAACAUCAAGAAGGUCUUCAAUGACGAACCACUUCGAUUUGAGGACAAAUCGCUCUAAAGAAAGGGAGGAUGAUGUGAUCAUGCCAAGGACCAAAUGUUUUCAACACAUGAUCACUUCAAGGACGUUCUACCUUGUUAACUCUGAUGGAGUUCUUCCUUAUUUCAUUAUCUAUUUACUUAUUUAUGCAUUAGAUGUCAUGUUAGUAUAGCUAUGCAUAUCAUGUUUUUAAUAAGUUCAACAACUCAUUUUAAGCAUGUUAUUAUCUCAUACUAGUUUGCAUACAUAUCAUUCAUGUAGCUAAUUUGCAUUCAUCUUAGUUCCUAGGUUUUAAAUAAGUUCACGUGUUGUUUAUGUUUAAACAUUCACAUAAUAGCAUGAUCAUCAUUUGUUAUGCAUAACAUCAUGGUUAGUUAAUUCACAUGUUUCAUCAUUUGAUUUGCAUAAACAACAUAUUUACCAUUUGUUUAGCAUGUUUCACGUGCACCCACAUUCAUAUAAUAACAUGUUCAUCAUUUGAUUACAUAACAGCAAGUUUAGUUGCUUUCACGUGCACCCACAAUCACUUUUCAGCAUGUUUCUUUUUAUUAUCAUUCAUGUGCACUCAUUUUAGUUUUAAUAUUUAAUUAUUUUUAGUUAUUAUAUCAUGCAUGUUAGCUCAUAAUAACACAUACAUGCACAGCAGCAAGAUAUUUGAUUCAUUCCAGUGGACAGUUCACGUCACUUAUAUUUAUCACCAGUUUUGAACAUGUUACAAGCAUAAUUGGGAGAUUAAGUCUCUUAGCAUUUAAUCCCCUAUCUCUUAGCUUUCCAAUGCAUUUUGAAUCGUGUCAAUCCGAUACUGGAAGCUUGAGAUAUUCACAGAUUACCGAAGACAGUACAGGCUGGAAAUAAAUACGGGAUUUACAACUAAAUUAAUCAUUCCAGCACAUUUAAUUUAAAUACUUGCUUAUUAUCUUCUUUGCACAUGUAGGCACGUCAAAACAGCCUGGAUAAGCAUUAUAAAGACAUAAAUAAGUCCAUGAUUGGAGGAGACAAAGAAACCAGCUGAAAUCAGACCCAUACUUUGCUGACUAUAUUAUCACUCACGUAUGUUGGAGGGAACCCAUAAUGUUGCACAUGUUUCCAGCAUUUAUUUGCACCAGAAUAUUAUCCAUCAAAACAGUCCAUGUGCGUAUGCUCCUUUCCACUACCCAACCAUGUGCGUGAACCAACUAAGCAAUUAUUUGAAGGAUCAUACGUGCUGAUCAUCCAAGGAGACAUAUACUUUGAAAACAGCCCAUGUGCUUGGCACUAAGCUGGAUGAUGCUUCCACUUAAGCAUCAAUUUGAAGGAACGUGAGUAUUACCUGGCCAUGAAGAGUUGUCUCCAUUUUACACCGAAUCAUCACUUGAAUUCAUGGAGAAUUAUGAACUGGAAUGUAUUAUUUGUUAGACGUAAUAGCUGGCCAAAAACACUAUGUGUUAUUCGGCUAAGCAUUUGAAACAGAUUAAAUAAGCUUGUAAUUUCAUUUUGGAGGGGGACUUUUGAUAAAUUAAAACUUUGUGAGUUAUUCUCUCAAAUUGGUUCUUCUUAGAACUAUUUUCUUGACAUUUCAAGAUUGUUCUUGUUGUGUUAAGUUUGUGAUACUUAGGGUUCUUAGAUUACUAUCUAAAGGGUCCAAGUCCUUGAACAUUGGACGUAUAAGGUUCGGGUUUAUACUCUUUAGUAUAGGUUCUUCCUUGUUCUUUGUUAUUAUCCAAUUUCCAGCAUCCUAAAUUCCAUUACCUCAUCUAUCAAUUAUUAUUCCUUAUU